AUGCUGGAAUUGAGCGCCGGUGAAUUUGGGAAUGCCGGCUCGCCGCGAAGUGAAAGUUAUCCGGCCUGGGCGACGGGUAAAGGAGAUUGGGUGUCUUGCACCACGCCCGACGGAGUAGUCGACGAGGAUAUGGACCUCCACCGAGGAGCUGUCUCCAGAUACUCGUCCUGCCUCUACAUUGGUUCGCCGAACGGAUGGCAAAGAGAAAGGGACCAGAACGAUUCGGCCAUGCGUGGAAAUUUAACGAGGGUCGAAAACUGUGACAACUUCGGGUCGACUUCUGCCAGCGGCUUUUCCAGUGCAAUGGAGCGAGUCAAGGUGUUCAUUGGAGUCUGUAAAAAAAAUGCUUGCAUCCGGGAUGUAUUCGGGACUGUGAGGCUGAGGUAUUGGCUUCGUACGUGUCGAUUUUCUCUUUCUUUCGAGGGCCUCGUGCGUUUGCAAAGCAGCCUAAAACUGAAAAAAUGA